UGUCCCUGGCAAACAGCCAGCAGAGCUGAGCAUUUUUCUUUGUGAUUUUCAAGAGCCUUCAUCUUGAUUUCAACUCUGAACCAGCUUGGCCUUGGAAGACGGUAACUCGGGUCUCGGUAUUUGGAGAACUUGAUUCGAGCGUGAUGCUGUAAUAACAGGUUAGUCUGUGGUGGUGAAAAUAAUAACUCCUAUAUAAAUUCAGCAAAUUAGGACUGAAAACGCAAUGCCAAACACGAACUCUUCCUUCUGGAUGCAAGGAGAAGGUAACAGACCUGACUUACUCUGCGGGCGCUCAGCCACCUACACCGUUGUAAAUAGCUAUUUCCUGAUGCUUGUGUGUUCCACUGUUGUUUUGGGAGGAUUUUUGAGGACCUAUUUAAGGAGUUCUGAAGUCACUGUCUUGAUAAUUCUUUCAGCGUCAGGGUUUGUGAUAGGACAACUGGCUCACAGUUCUAUUAAGGUGUACCAAAUUGUCUACCCUCUUCUAAGAACACCAAGCUUUUCACUUUAUUGUUAUUUUGCACCUAUAAUUAUAUUUAUGGCUGCUUUGGAUGUGGACUUUUAUAUCCUCAAGAAUGUGUUUUGGCAGGUCUUGUUAACAGGAUUAAUUAGCUUUGUUGUGUCAUUCAUCAUAAUUGGAUACGUGGUUCUGAAAUUCAACAGAGAUUUCUGGGAUUUGCAGACUUCCCUACUCUUUAGCAUGACCCUUGGCAUGACAGAUCCUAUUCAUUCUGUGAAUUCACUGAAAACAAUUGGUAUUUCCAAAAUGUAUACUGAUAUCAUAAGAGGAGAAUCAAUGAUCAUUUGUGGUUUCACAUCCAUUUGUUUUGGAGUAUUUCGGAGCAACAGUCUCCACGUGGCUGUAUUUACAGAGUUACAAAUAAUCUUGAGCCUCUGCUUGGACAUCUUGGGAAGCAUAAUAUGUGGAUAUUCGUGUGCAAGGAUCAUUCAGUUUAUACUGACUGACCUCUUUAGCAAUAUACUUACCAGUGUCAUUCUUUGCAUUUCAAUGGUGUACAUGACUUUCUACAUUGUGGAAUUUUUGGGAAUGUCAGGAAUGGUUGCGUUAGUCACUGUAGGACUGAAUUUAGACUCCUUAAGCUUUAAACCGAGGAUUGAGUUAAUAAUUACUAAGUUCCUAAUAAUGUUUUCAGCUGUAUUCCAACAAUUAUUAUAUAUUUUCUUUGGUAUUGUAAUCGGAUGUGGAGAAACCAAAUAUUUAAAUUUUCACGCUGUGGUUUUCUUGUUCAUCUUAUUUGCAACAGUAAAUUUUGUAAGGUUGCUCACUGUUGUGUUAGUGAGCCCCAUUCUGAUGCAUGCAAGUUAUGAAUAUAAUUGGAAAUGGGGAAUUGUUAUAGCAUGGUCUGGAAUUAAAGGAGUUUUUAACUUACUCCUGGCUCCUGAUAUUCAUAAUCUGGCUGAAAAAAAAAUAGAGUCACCACAAUUGUUUAUAUUGUAUGUACAGGUAAUAUCACUAUUGACUAUGGGAAUAAAUUCGUACAUGAUGACUCAUUCAGCCAGGACAUUAGGUUUGUGUGCUAUUUCCCUCCCAAGGCAAAUGGCCAUGCAAAAUGCCAUUAAGCACAUUCAAGAGAUAAUACAGAACACAAUCACACUAUUCAAAACAGAAAAAAUGUUGACAAAUGUUAAUUGGACCUUAGUAGAAGAAAAAACAAAGAUUGAAUACAACUUUCCUUCUGAUCCUUAUUAUGUUUCAUCUGAUAACAAAGAGGAGGAGGAGUCCCCAACAGAAGAAGUUUUAAUAGAAGAAGCCAGAUUGCAUGUCGCUAUAAUCCAAAUGAGCAGCUUUGAAAAACAGUGUAAUGAUGGAAUCCUCAGUGUAGAGGCAGCCCGGAUAUUAAUUGGUGCAAGCAAAAGCUAUUGCCCCAUCCAAGGAAAAUUCAUGAGUAUUUAUGAUGUUUCAACUUAUGUGAGAGCUAGAAGUUGGCUUAUGAAGUUUAAAAACAUGUUAACUGUCUUGGAAUAUCAUAAAGAUAAGGCACCUCUUUUUCUGUAUGGGAAUAAUAAAUUGCUGCUUUUUGUACAUCACAUAGUAUUUUCAGAAGAAUUUGAAUAUGCGGGACAUGUUAUAACAGUAAUGUACAUUUAUCCUAUGAUAAUACAUCUGUGGCCAAUGGCAAGAGAGUUAAAUGUGUCAGCACUUUUAUCAGUAAACUACUAUUAUAUAUUUUUAUACAUAUUUCGAUCAGCACUGAAGAUAAUCAUUUUGAAAAGGAAGUAUUUUGAUCAAUAUUGGAACACUUUGGACUUUCUUAUCGUGCUUCUUGGAAUCGUUGACCUCUUUUGUUUAUACUUUGUCAAACUGAGACCAGACAACGUGGUUCUUAUUCAGUUUACAGUAAUACUGGGAUAUUUCAGAAUAAUUAGGUUUAUUCCUUUCAUCAAGAUAAUAAUCCCACUACUGAUCAAUGUCGUAGAUGUGCAGAUUAAAAAGCGUCUCCGCUUGAUGUAUGGCAUUACGAAAGGUUAUGUCAAAAGUCAAGAGGAUACCAAGCUUUUAAUAAAACAUAUUUCCAGCCAAGAAUCAAUAUACCAGAAAUUAUAUGAAAUUUUGGAAACCAACAAACGAGAUGCUGUCAAAGAACUAGGACUCAUCGAGCAUGAGGGUCGCGAUGUUGUCAUCGCUUUGAAGACCAGGCAGGCAAUCCGGAGUGUGAUUGCUAAAGCUCUGAAAAACCUCACCUUCCUGUGGUCAAGAGGCAUUAUUGAUAAACAUGAGGGCAUCGAGAUGAAUAAGGUACUCCUUGCAAAAAUAAAAGCACUGAAUAACUUCCCAAUGGCAAUCGCACCGCCUACUCCUGACAAAUAUCUUCAUAAUAUUGUUUGGCUGGAAAAUAAGGAUGUUCUCAUUGAGUUCUUCAAGGAAAGAGCCAAACUUGCUUAUUUUGACUACGGAGAUGUCAUUUGUAGAGAAGGUGAAAUGCCGCAAGGAAUCUACUUAGUUAUUUCCGGAAUGGCAAUUUUGCAUAGUUUGCCUCCUACCUUCGGAAUAGACAGUAGCCUAAGGUCUGAUAGAGGGUCCAAAACCAUGUUCACAGAAUACUGUACCAGUGGGGACAUAAUUGGAGAGCUGAGCUGUCUGCUUAAGCGUGAAAUUGAAUACACCGUCAUCUGUGAAACUAUUUUACAGGCUUGCUUUAUCUCCCUGGAGGAUUUGUAUGAAGGUUUUGAUGUCUUCUGGCCAUCCUUGGAAUAUAAAAUAUGGCUAAAGCUUGCGCUCGGUAUUGCCUAUCAGUAUUUUGAAUCAAGUCUCAGUGAUGAGGACUUGGACUUUCAGAAGUGUGUGGCUUUCAAUCUGGCAUACGUGGAGACUUUAUCCAGCUAUAAUGAAAUGACUAUUGAUAAUAUAACCAUGAAAUUCGUCAUUAUUGUGUAUGGCAGUGUCAUUGAUACUAAGACAGAGGUACCAUAUCUUGCACCUUGCAUUUUGCCUAAAACCUGUGAGCAGGUUCAGGGAACUUCCGAUUUAAGCAAGCUGUUGGUUGUGCAAGCGUUCGAGCCUGCCAAAAAUACUGACUCCAAAGUCAUGGUCAACACUGGUCUUCGAAUGACCCAGAGAGAAUAUAAUUGGAAGAGAAAGAACGAGGAAAGAUGUUUCCAGUUAUCCUGGAAUCGGUCACAAAGUUAACCGGGAUUCAACUCACCUGACAUUUUUCCCGAGGCACAACUUUGUUGGACUACUCUUUCUGAGUUAACACAGUAUCUCUUCACAAGAGGCUGUCUGAUGGUCUAGAGAUGCAAAUGUCUCUCUCAAAGCCCUUAAUUAGAAUAUUCUUUAGAGGGAAUGUUCCAGAUAAUAAAAUAGAAACUUCUAAGUUUUCUGAUGGCAGUUAAUACUUAAAAACGUUUCUCCUGAAACGCUGUCUUAAUAUUUUGCUUUUGAGUUUGUGUCAUUGGAAAGUGGAUCCUAACGCUGGUAAUGUGAUAUAUGCCGAGUUAGGUGAGCUAACCUCCUGGCCCAAGUGCGGAAGGAUUACCUGGCAAGGAGGGGAGUUAGAAAUUGCUGGA